CCCUUUUAAAGCGUGGCGCGCCAGGGCCGGGCAUGCCGAGCCCCGCGGCGGAGACAGCGGUGCGCCCAGCUCCCGGGAGCGGCCCGAGCAGCCGAGCGCCUAGGGCUGCCCUUCCCGGGCCGGCGGGCUCCCCGGGCUCCCCGCCGCCGCCCCGUGCGCCCCGGGAGGGCCCGGCAUGCUGCGCCAGCUGCUGCUCGCCGCGCUCUGCCUGGCGGGUCCCCCAGCGCCCGCGCGCGCCUGCCAGCUGCCCUCCGAGUGGAGGCCCCUGAGCGAGGGCUGCCGCGCCGAGCUGGCCGAGACCAUUGUGUACGCCAGGGUGCUGGCGCUGCACCCCGAGGCGCCCGGCCUCUACAACCACCUGCCCUGGCAGUACCACGCCGGCCAGGGGGGCCUCUUCUACUCGGCCGAGGUCGAGAUGCUGUGCGACCAGGCGUGGGGCAGCAUGCUGGAGGUGCCCGCCGGCUCCAGGCUCAACCUCACCGGCCUGGGCUACUUCUCGUGCCACUCCCACACCGUGGUCCAGGACUACUCCUAUUUCUUCUUCCUCAGGAUGGAUGAAAAUUAUAACCUCUUGCCUCACGGAGUCAAUUUCCAAGAUGCCAUCUUCCCGGACACUCAAGAGAACAGAAGGAUGUUUUCUAGCCUUUUCCAGUUUUCAAACUGUUCCCAAGGGCAGCAGCUGGUGACUUUCUCCAGUGACUGGGAAAUCCAGGAAGACAAUAGGCUCAUGUGCUCCUCGGUGCAGAAGGCCCUGUUUGAGGAGGAGGACCACGUCAAGAAGCUGCAGCAGAAAGUGGCCACCCUGGAGAAGCGCAACCGGCAGCUCCGGGAGCGGGUGAAAAAGGUCAAGAGGUCCUUGCGGCAGGCGCGUAAGAAGGGCCGCCACCUGGAGCUGGCGAACCAGAAACUCAGUGAGAAGCUGGCGGCGGGGGCGCUGCCGCACAUCAACGCCCGGGGGCCCGUGCGCGCCCCCUACCUGCGCGGGUGACGGGCCCGGGGGCUGCCGGGUGUGCAGGGCCAAUCCUGGCGAUAAUUGAGAAUGAGUGAGGUUUUGUACAUGCAGCUGUUCCAAGCGUUGUAGGAGUUUUUGUUUUUAAUCACGCAUUUGGUAGAGUCUAAAUGGAUAAAAUGCAAGGCUUGCUUUCCCCUUGGGUGCUGGCCUCAACGUCAGACCCCACGCGCUGCCCCUUCCUGGCCUGAUCCCAGACACAGUGCCUGGCAGUCCAGAAGCAGCGGGAUCCCUGAGUGCUGUGUGCUCGCCUGCAGAGCGGCCUAGAAAGAACCCUGACUGGGGAGAGAACACUUUAGAAUCUCUAGUGUAAAAGACAUCAACGUGCUGAGCCUUUAUUUCAGAAGAAAAUCAGGGUGGUUCUGAGCUCCCCAGUCCAGGACAACCACUAGUCCUGAUGAGUGAGCUGACGCUAGUGCUCGAACCUGCUGGCACCUUACUGUACAUCUUUGGAAGGGGAUGGUGGCCUUGUACCCGAGAUGCCUGAAAAUCAACACGUGCAGGGCCUCCCUAUCCAGCCAGCAUUUUCCUUCCAGCGAGGCAGGUGAAGACUUAAUAAGCUCAUCACAGGGGAGGGAAUUGCAUUAGGAGCAGGGCAGCAGGUAAUUAAACAAGAUAAAUGAUACCUGAUUUCCAACACCAGCUACGACGAGUUGAAGAUGAUACCUAUGGGUCCUGUUAACACAGGGGCAAGUGCCUUGAUCGGCCUGCCAUGGGUCAUCAAACUGCUUCCUAAAUUGAGAGAACCUGAGCAAUCUCUCAGCCACUGCUAUCAUCUAACUUCUUGUUUGCUUAGUAAUUGUUUUCUAAUGUCUCUGAAUUCAAAGUGAGGUGCCCCAAGACGCUGUGAACUUCUGCAAAGACACCUCCUUACCUAUUGGGAUCGGGUGACGUGACCUCACUCCCAGCCAGGCUCCCAAAGGGCUUAUUCCAGCCAUUCCAAUCUCUUCUUUAUACAAACACUUUCCCCCAACAAAUUUUGUUUGUUCCAAUAGGAAUAUUUGUACAUCAGGGCACUUCUCCUUAUGUCCGUUCCUUACACCACCAAAGCACUUCUUCGCCUUUCCAGAAAGAACACUUUUAAGACAGUACUAUAAGUAAACAUGAGAGUAUUCACUCUACUUAUUGCUCAGGCACAUUUGAGCAGGUCCCAGUUGUGUGAUUAAGAAGUCAACUGAGUGGCCUUUCCUGGGUUAUCUUCUGAUCGUGGCCUUUCAACCCAACAAGGGCCCUUCCCUGCUUUUCCACUGAUAAAGGCUCCUGGCCCUUCAUCAGGAUCUGCCCCCCAGAGACCACCCAGACACUGCAGGGCCUGGUGAUGCUGUCCUCUGCACCGGAAAUGACAGGCACUGUCAGAUUUCCACUCUUCCGCCUGUAGGAAAGCUGGGUGCUUCUUGUUCUGACAGCCAGUCUGGCGAGAUGAGUCUUAUGCUGCUUGAGUCUUGGUGGCAGGCUGCUAUCCAAGGGGGAGAAGUCUCUGCUCUGCUCUGGACUGGACAGAAGAGAGACUUUUACCCCAGGGCACUCACACAGCCAAGCUUCUGCCACCACUUCAUUAGCUGUAUUCUCCAGAGCGUGGUGUAAUAGCAGGUGCGUCUUCUAGUGUAUUCCUACUGGGGACACUUCCUCAAAGCAGUUUUGCUCCCCUGCAAGGGAAUGGUCAGCCUAAGGAUAAUGUACAGCCCGUGCUUGGAGAACCGUGGAAGCUGCACCCCUACAGGUACAUUCUGUUCUGCUUUUGCAAUAAAUACGAGCGGCAAUUUCAACCACAA